UUAGCAUGGUAUAAGCUGGUGUUAUUUACUUUUGUGUGUAUUGUAAAAGAAAAGUGAAUAGUAUUAUUAUAAAAUGGGUGCGGCAAAUAAAUAAGAAUAAGGAGGAUAGGAGGAAGGUGAAGCUUAACUGCUAAGCUUCGGUGGUAUUGAAAUUGAGUAGUAAGUUGUAGACGGAGAGGAGAAAAAUAAGAAACGAAAGAGCAUUGUUUUGGUAUGGUUAAUAAGGUUAUGGUGGUGGAAGGGGAGUUUGAGCAUCUUCCAGAAGAUGUGAUAGCGAAUAUACUUUCGUUCACCACUCCCCGAGAUGCCUGCGUUCUCUCUUUGGUCUCAUCCUUCUUCAAAUCUGCAGCAGAAUCCGACGUCGUAUGGGAAAAGUUCCUCCCCUCCGAUUACCACGCUAUCAUUUCCCAAUCCUCAAACCCUAUCACUUAUACUUCCAAAAAGGAUCUCUACCUCCAACUAUGCCAUACACCCCUCCUCAUAGACGAUGGCAAUAAGAGUUUUAGGCUGGAUAAAGUGAACGGGAAAAAAUGCUACAUGCUCUCAGCUAGGAGUCUCUUCAUUGUCUGGGGAGAUACUCCUAGGUAUUGGAGGUGGACUAACGUUCCAACAGCCAGGUUUUGGGAGGUGGCGGAACUUGUUAGUGUGUGUUGGUUGGAAAUAAAGGGAGUGGUAAAAAGCAGCAUGCUGUCUCCAAACACAUUGUACGCGGCCUACCUUGUGUUUAAGCAACGGGAUGCUGGGGCGUACGGCUUCGAGAACCAGCCGGUGGAGGUGGAGGUGUCGGUAGGGGCUGCCGGAGGAGGUGGCGGUGGGAGGCGGACGGUUUACUUGGAGGCGGCGACACCGCGGAGGCCGCGUCACCAGAUUGUUCCUCGGAUAUUCAGCCGCGUGCGCUCUCGUUUCCUGGACAGUUUCGAUGCGGCGCCGCCUUUGCCGUCGGCGGUGGAGGGGGCUUCGGGAGGUGGAGGUGAGUACCCGAGGGAGAGAGGCGAUGGGUGGAUGGAGGUGGAGUUGGGUGAGGUGUUGAAGGGCGGCGGAGAGGGAGAGGAGGAGGUGGAGAUUGGAGUUUACGAGGUGAAGAGUGGGGAGUGGAAAGGGGGCAUUCUUGUCCAAGGAAUCGAAAUAAGGCCAAAACUCAAAAAUUGAAAUAACCAGGCGCCACUCCCCACUCUACAAUUAUCAUUUCUACUUUACUUUAUUCACCAUUUCUUUUCUAACUCUUUAUUUUAUUAAAUGCUACUAUUUAUUUCAAUCUCAAUAAAAAUACUCGACGCUUUUUUAA